AAUAUACCAGAAAUACUUGAUUCUAUUUCUAAAAUUUAAUUUUAUUCAGUCUUCGGCGAGAUUUCGAUACGACAAGAUAGUAAUACAACUAAAUAAGAAAAAGAGGUUGUCUCGUAAGUUUUUAAGGUCAGGUAAUGUCUCAGAGCCAAUACAACCUAAAAAGUUAUAAAUUAACAUCGCGGAUUUUAUAUUAAACAUCCUCGUUGUAAUUAAAAAUUAUGGCUGAGGCAGAAGGAAGCUCAGAGCAGGAUGAUGUUUCAUUCUUGCGUACGGAAGACAUGGUGUGUCUUUCGUGUACAGCAACUGGUGAAAGAGUUUGUCUUGCAGCUGAAGGAUUUGGUAACAGACAUUGUUUCCUGGAAAAUAUAGCUGAUAAAAAUAUUCCUCCUGAUUUAUCGCAAUGUGUUUUUGUUAUUGAACAAGCAUUGUCCGUUCGUGCCUUGCAGGAGUUGGUUACAGCAGCUGGAUCGGAAACCGGUAAAGGAACUGGUUCAGGCCAUAGAACACUUUUAUAUGGCAAUGCUAUUCUUCUUCGUCAUCAUAACAGUGAUAUGUAUUUAGCGUGCCUUUCAACGUCUUCAUCGAAUGAUAAGCUGUCCUUUGAUGUCGGUCUACAGGAGCAUAGUCAGGGAGAAGCGUGUUGGUGGACUGUUCAUCCCGCAAGCAAACAGCGUUCGGAGGGUGAGAAAGUCCGUGUCGGUGAUGAUCUUAUUUUGGUGUCAGUUGCAACUGAGAGAUAUUUGCACACAACUAAGGAAAAUGAACAAUCGAUUGUAAAUGCAAGCUUCCAUGUUACCCAUUGGUCGGUGCAACCCUAUGGUACUGGUAUAUCUCGUAUGAAGUAUGUUGGUUAUGUUUUUGGUGGUGAUGUCUUGAGAUUCUUUCAUGGUGGUGAUGAGUGUCUUACGAUACCAAGUACUUGGGGUCGAGAAGCUGGUCAAAAUAUUGUGGUUUAUGAAGGAGGUUCUGUAAUGUCCCAAGCUCGAUCACUUUGGAGACUAGAAUUGGCAAGAACAAAAUGGACUGGUGGUUUUAUAAAUUGGUUACAUCCGAUGAGAAUAAGACACAUUACAACUGGCAGAUAUUUAGGUGUAAAUGAGAAUAAUGAAUUGAAUUUGGUUAAAAAAGAAGAUGCAACAAUUGCUUCAACAACUUUCUGUCUAAGACAAGAAAAAGACGAUCAAAAAGUUGUCCUCGAAGAUAAGGAUUUGGAAAUUAUUGGAGCUCCAAUUAUCAAAUAUGGUGAUACAACAGUUAUUGUUCAGCAUUGUGAGUCAAGCUUAUGGCUCAGUUAUAAAAGCUAUGAGACAAAGAAAAAAGGUGUGGGAAAAGUCGAAGAGAAACAAGCCAUUCUACACGAAGAAGGAAAAAUGGACGAUUGCUUAGACUUUUCGCGAUCGCAAGAAGAAGAAUCAAAAACUGCUCGAGUUAUUCGAAAGUGCAGUAGUUUGUUUACGCAGUUUAUUAAUGGCCUAGAAACUUUACAAUCGAACCGAAGGCAUUCGAUAUUCUUCCAAAAAGUCAAUCUUGGCGAAAUGGUUAUGUGUCUGGAAGAUUUGAUCAAUUACUUCUCCCAGCCCGAAGACGAUAUGGAACACGAAGAGAAACAAAACAAAUUCCGAGCCUUGAGAAAUCGUCAAGAUCUGUUCCAAGAAGAGGGCGUCCUAAAUCUCAUUCUAGAGGCUAUUGAUAAAAUUAACAUCAUCACAUCGCAAGGCUUCUUGGCAAGUUUUCUUGCCAGUGAUGAAAUUGGUCAAAGUUGGGAUUUAAUAUCGACGUAUUUGUAUCAACUUUUGGCAGCCAUUAUCAAAGGCAAUCAUACAAAUUGUGCUCAAUUUGCCAAUAGCAAUCGUUUGAAUUGGCUUUUUUCUCGAUUGGGAUCGCAGGCAUCUAGUGAAGGUUCCGGAAUGUUGGAUGUACUUCAUUGUGUGUUGAUUGAUUCGCCAGAAGCUUUGAAUAUGAUGAGAGAUGAACAUAUUAAAGUUAUUAUAUCUUUGUUGGAAAAGCAUGGAAGAGAUCCAAAGGUUCUUGAUGUAUUGUGUUCACUGUGCGUUGGUAAUGGUGUGGCAGUGAGAUCGUCUCAGAAUAAUAUCUGUGACUAUUUGUUGCCUGGUAAAAAUUUACUUCUACAAACCCAGCUGGUUGAUCAUGUUGCGAGUAUUCGACCAAAUAUUUUUGUUGGAAGAGUUGAAGGUUCUGCUAUGUAUCAGAAAUGGUAUUUUGAAGUCACUAUGGAUCAUAUUGAACGGACAACACACAUGAUGCCGCAUCUUAGAAUUGGUUGGGCCAAUACUGCUGGCUAUGUACCAUACCCUGGCGGAGGUAAGAAAUGGGGUGGUAAUGGAGUUGGUGACGAUCUUUACUCCUUCGGUUUUGACGGAGCUUACUUCUGGACUGGAGGUCGAAAAACCCAAAUUGUUGAAAAUCUUCCAGAAGAACCAUUUAUUAGGAAAGGAGAUGUUAUCGGUGUAGCCCUUGACUUGGCAGUACCAAUUAUCACAUUUUCUUUCAACGGCAUGAAAGUUAGAGGAAGCUUCAGAGGCUUCAAUUUAGAUGGAAUGUUCUUCCCUGUUAUGAGUUGUUCAUCAAAACUAAGUUGUCGUUUCCUAUUCGGUGGAGAUCAUGGUCGUUUGAAAUACCCUCCACCAGUUGGAUUCUCCCCACUCGUACAAUGUCUAAUGCCCCAUCAAAUUUUAAGUCUCGAUCCGUGUUUCUAUUUUGGAAAUUUAAAUAAAAAUGUCCUUGCUGGUCCAUGGAUGAUAGAGGAUGACACUGCUUUCGUACCAAAUCCAGUUGAUACGUCAGGUGUAUCUCUUCCAUCUUCCGUUGACUCGAUCAAGGAGAAAUUAGCUGAAAACAUACACGAAAUGUGGGCUUUGAAUAAAAUCGAAUCGGGCUGGUCGUGGGGUGAACAUCGCGAUGAUUAUCAUCGUAUACAUCCAUGUUUGACGCAAUUUGAGAAACUUCCACCAGCUGAAAAACGUUAUGAUAGUCAACUUGCUGUACAAACAUUGAAAACUAUCAUAUCUUUGGGUUACUACAUCACAAUGGAUAAGCCACCAGCUAGAAUCCGACCGGUACGUUUGCCAAAUGAAAUUUUCAUGCAAGCAAACGGCUAUAAGCCAGCUCCGUUGGACCUAAGUGCUGUGACUUUGACACCGAAAUUGGAAGAAUUGGUUGAUCAAUUAGCUGAAAAUACCCAUAACCUUUGGGCUAAGGAGAGAAUUCAGCAAGGCUGGACUUAUGGCUUGAAUGAAGACUCGGAAAACCAUCGAAGUCCUCAUUUGGUUCCAUAUUCCAAAGUCGAUGAAGCUAUUAAGAAGGCUAAUCGUGAUACAGCUUCAGAAACUGUUCGAACACUUUUGGUUUAUGGAUAUGUACUUGACCCACCAACUGGAGAAGGCAAUGAAGCUCUCUUAGCUGAAGCCCUUCGUUUAAAAUUCGCGGCCUUCAGGACAUAUCGAGUGGAGAAAAACUAUGCUGUCACAUCGGGCAAAUGGUAUUUCGAAUUCGAAGUUUUGACAUCAGGUCCAAUGCGAGUUGGAUGGGCCCGUGCCGAUUGUCAUCCAGGAGCAAUGUUGGGCAGUGACGAUUGCAGUUGGGCUUUCGAUGGACACAAUGUUACUAAGGUGCAUGGAGGUUCGAUUGAACAUUUUGGUGUUCGCUAUGAAGCAGGCGACGUAAUUGGUUGUUUUAUAGACGUCAAGGAACAAACUAUAAGUUUCUCAUUGAAUGGUGAACUUUUGAUGGAUGCAUUAGGUGGUGAAACGACUUUUGCUGAUGUUACAGCUGAUGGAGUUGGUUUUGUUCCAGCUUGUACUUUGGGUGUUGGUCAAAAGGCUCGAUUGAUUUAUGGACAAGAUGUUGAUUCUUUGAAGUUCUUUACCACUUGUGGUUUGCAAGAGGGUUACGAACCAUUCUGUGUCAACAUGCGACGUCCUGUUACACAUUGGUACACUAAGGAUCAGCCAAUAUUCGAAAAUACCGAAGAAAUGCCCGAUUGUCGUAUUGAUGUUACUCGAAUUCCUGGCGGUGCAGAUACUCCACCUCAUUUGAAAAUUUCACACAAUACAUUCGAAACAAUGGAAAAAGCCAAUUGGGAAUUUUUGCGUUUAUCACUUCCUGUUACUUGUAUGAGUGAAUUUAUCAGUGAAAGUGAAAAAUCACGUCGUUGGGAAGAAAUCAAAAUUCGUCAAUAUCGUCUUAUGAUAGACAGUCAAGAAGCUAUGCAACCUCAACCAUCACAAGCUGCUCAUGUUGAUCAUAUGUUAAAGAGUGGUUUUACAAUGAACGAUAUAAAGGGUUUAAAUAGAAAUUAUAACGAUAAUACUGAAGCCGAAGAUAAUAUGAAUGGUCCGUCAAGACCCCCACGAAAGGGUUCACUAACAAGGAAUAUCACAUUUGAAGACGGUAUGUCUGACAAUAUGCGAGGAUCAACAACUGCCUUGGACAUGAUGAAUGGUUUAGACGAGGCUGAAGAUAAGAAAAAACGUGGAAGAAGUCCGUUUAAAUUUUUCUCCAAAAAGUCCCGAGAUCAAAGUAAAGACAAAGUUAGGCCAAGGGAAACUUCUCCAAUGGAGAGGAGGAAUACUGUUGCUCAUGGAAGGAAUGUUGUAAAUUCCCAAAUGACAACCCGAAAUCCUACAGUUCGGGUAACAAACACCAACGAGCAAGGUGGUGGCGUACAACCUCCAGCAGCUCCUGAACGUCAAGCUGGCCCAAAAGCAAUGAGUGGUGGAAAUUUAGGAAAUCCAUCAGUGGAAUCUUCCGGCAAUGAAAUGUUCGAUGCCGAUUGCUUAAGACUCAUCAAUGAAUACUUUUAUGGAGUCCGAAUUUUCCCCGGACAAGAUCCAACUCAUGUAUACGUCGGUUGGGUGACAACACAAUAUCAUUUGCACAGCAAAGAAUUCAACAAGUCCAAAGUCCGUUGUGCUUCUGUAGUUAUUGAAGAUUACUACGAGCAAAUAAUGGAACAUAUUGAUCGUCAAAGUUGUUAUGUUGUUCGUGCUGAUGAGCUCUUCAAUGAAGUCACUCAGGAUGCAUCGGGAAAAGGUGCUUCACAGGGAAUGUUUGUGGGAUGUUUUGUCGAUACAGCAACGGGUAUAAUUAGAUUUACCUGUGAAGGUAAAGAAACUUCUCAUCGUUGGUUAAUGGAGCCGGAUACAAAACUCUUUCCGGCGAUAUUUGUCGAAGCUACUAGCAAGGAAAUCCUUCAAAUCGAAUUGGGAAGGACACCAACAACUCUUCCACUUUCAGCAGCUGUUCUUCCAACAAGUGACAAACACGUUAAUCCUCAAUCACCACCUCGUCUGAAGGUGCAAUGUUUGAAGCCUCAUCAAUGGGCUCGAGUUCCCAAUACAGCUUUGCAGGUUCAUGCUCUAAAACUUUCCGAUAUCCGUGGUUGGUCAAUGCUGUGUGAAGAUCCAGUUUCAAUGCUGGCUCUCCACAUCCCUGAGGAAGAUCGUUGCAUAGAUAUUUUAGAACUGAUUGAAAUGGACAAGAGUUUAUCUUUCCAUUCCCACACUUUAACCCUGUAUGCAGCUUUAUGUUACCAAUCAAAUUAUCGAGCUGCACAUGCUUUGUGUCAACAUGUCGAUCAAAAACAACUUCUUUAUGCUAUUCGUUCGGAAUACAUGAGUGGACCAUUGAGACAAGGAUUCUAUGAUCUUUUGAUUGCUUUGCAUUUGGAAUCACAUGCAACUACUAUGGAAGUUUGCAAAAAUGAAUAUAUUACACCUCUGGGUCCUGAACUUAAGGAACUGUAUGGAGAUGAAGAGAUGUGUCAUUCAUUGCGUUCUCUGGUAACAGAGUCCGUUAGACCACAGUUAAGAAUGACUGAAAUAACUCCCCCCACAAGCCCUCAAACAAUUGGUUUAGCGCCAAGUGCUUCCAGUGAACCCAUCCCGACGAUCGAGCAGCUAUAUUCACCGAAAUUCCCCUUGGAAGUUGUCCGUGAAUUUGUAAUGGAGGCUUUAAAAGAGGCUGUCGAAGUGAAUCAGGUGCAUAAUCGUGAUCCGAUUGGUUGGUCGAAUGAAAAUUUGUUUUUGCCACUGAUUAAACUAACGGAUCGCCUUCUUUUGGUUGGAGUUCUAACAGAUGAAGAUGUUCAAAAGCUUCUCGUGAUGGUUAACCCAGAAACCUGGGACAGUUCCUUCGAAAAAGAUGGUAAAGAUGAGCACCGUAAAGGUCUUCUGACGAUGAAAAUGGCCGAGGGUGCCAAACUGCAAAUGUGCUAUCUACUCCAUCAUUUAUAUGACAUCCAACUGCGACACAGGGUUGAAAGUAUCAUAGCUUUCUCACACGACUUCGUUGGAGACCUUCAAGCUGAUCAGCUCCGUCGUUACAUUGAAAUCAAACAAUCCGAUCUUCCAAGUGCCGUUGCUGCCAAAAAGACCAAGGAAUUCCGUUGUCCACCGCGAGAACAAAUGAAUCAGAUCUUAUGUUUCAAAAAUCUCGAACCUGACGAUCAAGAAAACUGUACAUGCGGUCUUGAUCUUCGUGGAAGUCUCUACGACUUCCAUGAAAGUCUAAUGAACAAAGUUUCCCUAAAUGCUCUACAAGAGCCCGAAGAAGGAGACGGUGCUAAUGCCAUCGAAGAAAUCAAAACGGGACCAAUAACAAAAAUAUUCAACUUCAUAAACACUGUCAAAGAACUCGAAGAAGGUCCAAAAGAACCUGAAGAACCAGAAAAGAAAACUCCCGAAGAGGUCUUCCGCAAGGUUCUCAUCAAAACAAUAGUACAAUGGGCUGAAGAGUCACAAAUAGAAAAUCCAAAACUUGUCAGAGAAAUGUUUAGCUUACUAGUUCGUCAAUACGAUACAGUUGGCGAGCUAGUACGUGCCUUAGAAAAAACUUACGUCAUUAACAGUAAGGCCCGCGAUGAUGUUGCUGAAAUGUGGGUUGGUUUGAGCCAAAUUCGGGCCCUUCUUCCGGUCCAAAUGAGUCAAGAAGAAGAAGAACUCAUGCGGAAGAGGCUUUGGAAAUUAGUUAACAAUGCUACAUUUUUCCAACAUCCUGAUCUAAUUCGCAUACUCAGGGUUCAUGAAAACGUUAUGGCCGUAAUGAUGAAUACUCUAGGACGUCGUGCCCAAGCACAAAGUGAUGCUCCGGCACAAAGUGAAGGCACCGAAGGUGCACCGCCCAAAGAAAAAGACACAUCCCACGAAAUGGUUGUGGCAUGUUGUCGUUUCCUUUGCUAUUUCUGCCGAACUGGCCGUCAAAAUCAAAAAGCCAUGUUCGAUCACUUUGAUUUUCUGUUAGAUAAUGCAAAUAUUCUGCUAGCUCGUCCGAGCUUACGCGGUUCCACACCAUUAGAUGUGGCAUACUCGAGUUUAAUGGAGAACACAGAAUUAGCUCUGGCGCUUAGAGAACACUAUUUGGAAAAAAUUGCUGUGUACCUAUCCAGGUGUGGAUUACAAAGCAACUCAGAACUUGUCGAAAAAGGAUAUCCAGAUCUGGGUUGGGACCCAGUUGAGGGUGAACGUUAUUUAGAUUUCCUUCGUUAUUGCGUAUGGGUAAAUGGAGAAAGCGUUGAAGAAAAUGCUAACCUUGUCAUUCGUCUUCUUAUCCGACGUCCAGAAUGUUUAGGGCCGGCUCUAAGAGGAGAAGGGGAAGGUCUAUUUCGAGCAAUUGUUGAGGCCAAUAAGAUGUCCGAGAAAAUUGCCGAUCGUUGCAAAUUACAAGACGAAGCUGAAGGUACUAUUGCUGGCCUCAACUUUACCCAUCCCCUGCCCGAAGGCGAAGAAGAUGAAGAUUACAUUGACACUGGUGCUGCUAUCUUGAAUUUCUAUUGUACAUUGGUAGAUCUUCUUGGCAGAUGUGCACCAGAUGCAUCAGUAAUUGAACAGGGCAAAAAUGAAUCGCUGAGGGCUAGAGCUAUUUUGAGAUCUCUGGUGCCACUUGAAGAUCUUCAAGGUGUUUUAAGUUUGAAAUUUACUCUAACGCAAACAGCACCGGGUGAAGAGAAACCCAAGUCAGAUAUGCCGUCGGGUUUGUUGCCAAAUAAUAAACAGAGUAUAGUGUUGUUUUUGGAGCGUGUUUAUGGUAUUGAAGUGCAAGAACUCUUCUAUAGGCUUUUGGAAGAUGCCUUCUUGCCAGAUUUACGAACUGCUACUAUGUUGGAUAAGAGUGAUGGUUCGGAGAGUGAUAUGGCAUUAUCAAUGAAUCGUUAUAUUGGCAAUUCAAUUCUGCCACUUUUGAUAAAACAUUCAAAGUUUUAUAAUGAAGCUGAAAAUUAUGCAAGCUUAUUGGAUGCUACGCUACAUACGGUUUAUAGAUUGUCGAAAAAUCGUAUGUUGACGAAAGGUCAACGAGAAGCUGUAUCAGAUUUUCUUGUUGCGCUGACAUCUCAGAUGCAACCUGCGAUGUUGUUAAAACUUUUACGCAAGUUGACUGUGGAUGUCUCGAAACUUUCUGAGUACACAACAGUGGCUUUAAGACUUUUAACACUUCAUUUUGAUCGUUGUGCCAAAUAUUAUGGCUCGACACAAGGACAAGGAUCUUAUGGUGCUUCAUCGGAUGAAGAGAAACGUCUUACAAUGUUACUAUUUUCGAAUAUUUUCGAUUCACUUAGCAAUAUGGAUUAUGAUCCGGAAUUGUUUGGCAAAGCUUUGCCAUGUUUAAUUGCAAUCGGGUGUGCUUUGCCACCUGAUUAUAGUUUGUCAAAGAAUACCGAUGAAGAUUAUUAUGGAAGACAGACGGGAGCACCAGAUCAACCACAAUAUGAUCCAAAUCCUAUUGAUACGUCAGUGGUUCAUUUGGAUAAUGAUUUGAAUUCAUUGGUACAGAAGUUUAGUGAACAUUAUCAUGAUGCUUGGGCAAGUCGUCGAUUGGAAGGUGGAUGGGUGCAUGGAGAUAUUCGAUCGGAUUCGGAAAGAAAACAUCCUAGAUUGAAGCCGUAUAAUAUGUUGAGUGAAUAUGAAAGAGAACGUUAUCGAGACCCAGUUCGUGAAAGCCUUAAAGCUCUCCUUUCCAUCGGCUGGACUAUUGAACACUCCGAAUUAGAUGUACCACUCAGUAAUCGCGGAGGAUCAACAAGACGCACCUCUAAACCACAAAUCAAUGAUUUUCAGAAUGAAGGAAAUGCCUUUAACUACAAUCCACAUCCUGUGGAUAUGACAAAUCUAACAUUAAGCAGAGAAAUGCAAAAUAUGGCUGAACGAUUGGCCGAAAACUCUCAUGAUAUUUGGGCCAAGAAGAAGAAGGAAGAAUUAAAUACUUGUGGAGGUAUCAUUCAUUCGCAAUUGGUUCCUUAUGAUUUGUUAACUGACAAAGAGAAACGAAAGGAUCGUGAACGUUCACAAGAGUUCUUGAAAUAUAUGCAAUAUCAAGGAUACAAAUUACACAAGCCUACUAAAGGUGGCGCUAUGGAAGGUGAAGGUGUCGCCACUCAAGCCGCUGUCGAAUUAAGAUUCUCCUAUUCUCUCUUAGAGAAACUCAUCCAAUAUCUCGACCGAGCCACUAUCAACAUGAAACUAUUGAAACCGUCUACAACAUUUAGCCGAAGAAGUUCCUUCAAGACCGCCUCGCGAGAUAUCAAAUUCUUCUCCAAAGUCGUGCUUCCUCUGAUGGAGAAAUACUUCUCCACUCAUAGAAAUUAUUUCAUUGCCGUUGCCACUGCCACAAAUAAUAUCGGUGCUGCAUCUUUGAAAGAAAAAGAAAUGGUUGCAUCGAUAUUCUGUAAACUAGCAUCUUUGCUAAGAAAUCGACUGGCAGCUUUUGGACCAGAUGUCAGAAUUACAGUCCGCUGUCUUCAAGUGUUAGUUAAAGGAAUUGAUGCCAAGUCUUUGGUGAAGAACUGCCCUGAGUUCAUUCGAACUUCAAUGUUAACAUUCUUCAAUCAAACAGCUGACGAUUUGGGAAAUACCAUUGUUAAUUUGCAAGAUGGCAAAUAUAGUCAUUUACGAGGCACACAUCUCAAGACAUCAACAUCACUUGCUUAUGUCAAUCAAGUGAUUCUGCCGGUACUAACCGCCAUGUUUGAUCAUUUAGCUGCAUGCGACUAUGGAAGUGAUCUUUUGCUUGAUGAAAUUCAAGUAGCUUCGUACAAAAUUCUAGCAGCACUUUACAAUCUUGGUACUGAUCCGACUUUGACUCAUGAGAGAAAAUAUCUCAAGACAGAAAUUGAACGUCACCGUCCAGCUUUGGGGUCGUGCUUGGGAGCUUACAGUUCAUGUUUCCCAGUGGCAUUUUUAGAACCUCAUUUGAACAAACACAAUCAGUUUUCACUUCUUAAUCGAAUUGCUGAUCAUUCGCUAGAAGCUCAAGACAUUAUGGUCAAAAUGGAGAGCAGUAUGCCAAAUCUUGAGACUAUUCUGCAAGAAGUCGAUCAGUUUGUGGAAUCGGAUAAGACCUAUAUCGAUGCACCUUUUAUCAUUGAUGUAAUUUUGCCACUUUUGUGUUCGUAUUUGCCGUUUUGGUGGGCUCAAGGACCGGAUAAUGUUAGUCCGACAAGUGGAAAUCAUGUAACAAUGGUUACAGCUGAUCAUAUGAAUUCUCUUCUUAAAAAUGUCUUGAAAAUGAUCAAGAAGAAUAUUGGCAAUGAUAAUGCUCCAUGGAUGACAAGAAUUGCCGCCUACACUCAACAAAUUAUCAUCAAUACUUCGGAAGAGCUUCUGAAGGAUCCAUUCUUGCCAUUAGCUGAAAGAGUCAAGAAACGUACAGAAAACAUGUUCCACAAAGAAGAAAGUAUGCGAGGAUUCAUAAAAUCAGCGACCGAUGAUACUUCUCAAGUUGAGACCCAACUUCAGGAAGAUUGGCAGCUUUUGGUCCGCGAUAUUUACUCAUUCUAUCCAUUGCUGAUUAAAUACGUUGAUUUGCAACGUAAUCAUUGGCUAAAGGAUAACGUUCCCGAAGCUGAAGAACUUUACAAUCAUGUUGCUGAAAUAUUCAAUAUUUGGUCAAAGAGUCAAUAUUUCCUCAAAGAAGAACAAAACUUUAUAUCAGCAAAUGAAAUUGAUAACAUGGCGCUGAUUAUGCCAACGGCAACACGUAGAUCAGCUGCAAUUACAGAUGGCGCUCCAGUCACAGGUGGGAAAGUUAAAAAGAAGAAGAAGAAUCGUGAUAAGAAACGUGAUAAAGAUAAGGAAGUUCAAGCUAGUCUUAUGGUGGCUUGUCUUAAACGUUUGCUUCCGGUGGGUCUUAAUUUGUUUGCUGGACGUGAACAAGAAUUGGUGCAACAUUGUAAGGAUAGGUAUUUGAAGAAAAUGCCUGAAUAUGAAGUUAUUGAGUUUGCUCAUAUGCAACUGACUUUACCUGAUAAACUUGAUCCGUCCGAUGAGAUGUCAUGGCAGCAUUAUUUGUACUCAAAGCUUGGCAAAAAAGAUGAGAUACAAGAAGAUGCAGCUUUGGUGGAGAAAUCUAAUCAAAAUGAAAAGAAAGAUAAGACACAGGAAACGGUCGAUAGGAUUGUGGCUAUGGCGAAGGUGCUCUUUGGGUUGCAUAUGAUUGAUCAUCCACAACAACAAAGUAAAAAUGUUUACAGAAGUUGUGUGUCAAUUCAGAGAAAGCGUGCAGUUAUUGCUUGCUUCCGACAGACGUCUCUGCAUUCACUUCCAAGACAUCGAGCUUGUAAUAUAUUUGCCCGAACCUACCACGAACAAUGGUUACAAGAGGAAAAUGUUGGCCAAGAAGUUAUGAUUGAAGAUCUAACACAAACAUUCGAGGAGUCAGAAAAAUCAAAGAAGGAUGCCGAAGAAGAGGAAGGAAAGCCAGAUCCUUUGACUCAGUUGGUAACAACAUUCUGUCGUGGAGCUAUGACAGAACGAAGUGGAGCUUUGCAAGAGGAUCUUUUGUAUAUGUCUUAUGCUCAAAUUGCUGCUAAAUCGUGUGGUGAAGAAGAAGAGGAAGGUGGCGAUGAAGAAGGUGGAGCUGAGGGUGGUGAAGAAGGCGAAAGAACUAGUAUUCAUUUACGAUUAAAGCAACAAAUGGAUAAACUUAUGGAACAAGAAAUGGAAAAACAAAAACUCUUAUUCCACCAAGCACGUUUAUCGAAUCGUGGUGUAGCUGAAAUGGUUCUACUUCAUAUUUCCGCAUCUAAAGGAGUUCCCUCUGAAAUGGUUAUGACAACACUUAAUUUGGGAAUUUCAAUUCUAAGAGGUGGUAACAUUGACAUUCAAAUGGGAAUGUUAAAUCAUCUUAAGGAGAAAAAGGAUGUAGGUUUCUUCACUUCGAUUGCUGGUUUAAUGAAUUCAUGCAGUGUCCUAGAUUUGGAUGCUUUUGAACGUAAUACCAAAGCUGAAGAAUAUAUUCCAAGUGCGGGUGCAGGUCUAGGUGUCGGUUCGGAGGGAGCUGCUGGCGAGAAGAAUAUGCAUGAUGCGGAGUUUACGUGUGCCCUGUUUCGAUUCAUCCAACUGACUUGCGAGGGUCACAAUUUGGAAUGGCAAAACUAUUUGAGGACUCAAGCUGGAAAUACAACUACUGUGAACGUUGUUAUUUGCACUGUUGAUUAUCUACUGCGACUCCAAGAGUCAAUCAUGGAUUUCUACUGGCAUUACUCGAGCAAGGAAAUCAUCGAUCCCGCCGGAAAAGCAAACUUCUUCAAAGCCAUCGGAGUAGCAAGUCAAGUUUUCAACACCCUAACUGAAGUAAUUCAAGGUCCUUGUACACUCAAUCAACAGGCUUUGGCUCACUCAAGAUUGUGGGACGCUGUUGGUGGUUUCUUAUUCUUAUUUUCACACAUGCAAGAGAAACUAUCAAAACAUUCCAGUCAGGUUGAUCUUCUAAAGGAAUUGUUAAAUUUACAAAAGGACAUGAUUACUAUGAUGUUGUCUAUGUUAGAAGGAAAUGUUGUAAACGGAACUAUUGGAAAGCAAAUGGUAGACACUUUGGUUGAAUCAGCAUCGAAUGUGGAAUUGAUUUUGAAAUAUUUCGAUAUGUUCUUGAAAUUGAAAGAUCUAACAGAAUCACCAAGCUUCCAAGAAAUUGAUAUUAAAAAUGAAGGAUGGGUUACACCAAAAGAUUUUAGAGAUAAAAUGGAACAAUCGAAAAAUUAUACACCAGAAGAAAUGGAUUUCCUUUUGGCAUGUUGCGAACGGAAUCACGAAGGGAAAAUCGACUACGGAGCUUUCGUCGACCGUUUCCAUGAACCAUCAAAGGAAAUCGGUUUCAACUUGGCUGUACUAUUGACCAAUCUUAGCGAACAUAUGCCCAAUGAACCUCGAUUAGCUCGUUUCCUCGAAACAGCCGGUUCAGUUCUCAACUACUUCGAACCAUUUUUGGGUCGUAUUGAAAUUUUAGGCAGUUCAAAACGUAUCGAACGUGUUUACUUCGAAAUUAAGGAAUCGAAUAUCGAACAAUGGGAGAAACCCCAAAUUAAGGAAUCGAAACGAGCCUUCUUCUAUUCAAUUGUUACAGAAGGCGGCGACAAGGAGAAGCUUGAGGCUUUCGUUAAUUUCUGUGAAGAUGCUAUAUUUGAAAUGACUCAUGCUUCUGGAUUAAUGGCUACCGAUGAUGGUGGAUCGAAUAUUAAACGGGAAUCAUCUUAUAGUUCUUACAUGAGUGAGGAGGAAGAAGAACGUGCAGCUCGAGAUCCAAUCCGAAGGAGUAUUCAAGCUGUCAAAGAUGGUAUCAAAUUUGUUAUACACAUGUUAAGUCCGGCAAAUAUCAAACAUCAAAUCGGUGUUAUGCAAACCAAGUCGAUACCGGAAUUGAUUGUUGGCUUCUUUAAGAUCAUCUUCUACAUGUUCUACUACACCGGAUAUGGAAAUGUGUGCGUGGUUAAGUAUAUUUUUGGAAUUCUCAUGAAUCUUAUGCGUGGAUCUGGAUCUGAUGAGCCCGAAGUUAUGUUACCAAUUGAAGAAGACAAAUUUGGUGGAAGAUCACUUCCUCCAUUACCAAUUGAAGAACCUCCAGGCACUGUUCAAGCAUUUGGUUUGGAUAUUAGCAAAGAAGAAAAUGGCCAGUAUAAGGUUGCCCCCCAUGAGUCUCCGGGUGUAAGCCCUAGUUCGUCAAUGGAAGAAACUGGUGAAUCUAGCCCUGAAGAUGGUACGGGAACAUCUGAAGCAGUAAUUGAUGAGCAACAACAGGAACCAAUGUCGAUUGUUGAUUUACUUGGUGGCGAUGCUGCCAAAAAGGCUGCUCAAGAACGUCAAGAAGCUCAAAAAGCCCAAGAAGCAGCAAUGGCAUCAAUUGAAGCUGAAGCAAAGAAAUCUUCUGCUGCACCUCAAGAAACCCCAGCUGUUCAUCAAAUCGAUUUCUCACAAUACACACAUCGUGCUGUCAGUUUCUUGGCUAGGAAUUUCUAUAAUUUGAAAUAUGUUGCUUUGGUUCUUGCUUUCAGUAUCAACUUUAUGUUGCUCUUCUAUAAGGUUACAUCAUUUGACGAUGAUGAAGACGGUUCAGGCGAUGAAGAUCUUAUCAUUGGAUCGGGCUCAGGAGGAGGACUUUCGUCAUCUGGAUUUGGUUCGGGAGAGGGUUCAGGUGAAGAUGGUGAAGAUAUUGAUGAUAUACCGGAAUUGGUACAUGUUGAUGAAGAUUACUUCUAUAUGGAACACGUUAUCAGAAUAGCAGCUUUCUUGCAUAGUAUGGUGUCGUUAGCGAUGUUGAUUGCUUACUAUCAUCUCAAGGUUCCAUUGGCUAUUUUCAAGAGGGAAAAGGAAAUUGCUAGACGUUUAGAAUUCGAUGGUUUGUUUAUUGCUGAACAACCGGAAGAUGAUGAUUUAAAGUCACAUUGGGAUAAGUUGGUGAUAUCAGCUAAAUCGUUCCCUGUCAAUUAUUGGGAUAAAUUCGUCAAGAAGAAGGUUCGUCAAAAGUAUUCAGAGACCUAUGAUUUUGACUCGAUAUCGAAUCUCUUGGGUAUGGAAAAGAGUGCUUUUACAGCGCAAGAAAGUGAAGAAGGCGGAUUCAUCAAGUACAUCUUUAACAUUGAUUGGAGAUAUCAGGUGUGGAAGGCUGGAGUAACAAUUACUGAUAAUGCUUUCUUGUAUUCACUGUGGUAUUUCACUUUUUCGGUUAUGGGUAAUUUCAAUAAUUUCUUCUUUGCUGCCCAUUUGCUGGAUGUAGCUGUUGGUUUCAAGACCUUACGAACAAUCUUGCAGUCUGUAACGCAUAACGGCAAACAGUUGGUAUUGACAGUGUUACUUUUGACUAUCGUCGUAUACAUUUACACCGUAAUUGCUUUCAACUUCUUCCGUAAGUUCUAUAUUCAAGAAGAAGAUGAUGAAGUUGACAAAAAGUGUCAUGGCAUGUUGACGUGCUUUGUCUUCCAUUUGUACAAGGGUGUACGAGCUGGUGGAGGUAUUGGUGAUGAGAUCGGUGAUCCUGACGGUGAUGAUUAUGAAUUCUAUCGUAUUAUCUUCGAUAUUACAUUCUUCUUCUUCAUCAUUAUUAUUCUGCUGGCUAUUAUUCAAGGUUUGAUUAUUGAUGCUUUUGGUGAGCUUCGUGAUCAAUUGGAAUCGGUGAAAGAAAAUAUGGAGUCAAAUUGCUUUAUAUGUGGUAUUGGAAAGGACUAUUUCGACAUAGUACCGCAUGGUUUUGAUACGCACGUUCAGAAAGAACAUAAUUUGGCCAAUUACAUGUUCUUCCUUAUGCAUCUUAUCAAUAAACCGGACACUGAGUACACGGGACAAGAAACUUAUGUUUGGAAUAUGUAUCAACAAAGAAGUUGGGACUUCUUCCCAGUUGGUGAUUGCUUCCGUAAGCAAUAUGAAGAUGAAUUGUCUGGUGGCAGUGGAGGCUAAACAUUUUUUUUUAGUAAAAUUGGUUCUCUUUUGAACGAAAAAUUUGAUUAAUAGUUAAAACGAAUUGAACGAAUUAGAGUAUUAUUGGGAGAGGAGAUGGAAAAUGUUUGAUUAAAAAUAAAAAACAUAAUCUAUAAAAAAUAAAAGAAAUAUCAAUUUAUUAGAAUUUUUCUCGAUUUAUUAGUUUUCAAAAUAUAUAUUUAUUAAUUUAUUUAAAUAAAAAAAAAAAAAUAAAAAACAAAACAUAUUUUACUAAUUUUCAUUUUUUCGAUUUAUAAAAAAUAAAAGAAGAAAUAUAUAUAAAUACUUUUUAA